AUGCCGGGCCGGCUGGUCUGCUGGCACCUGCUGGCUCUGCUCGCCCUCCCUCUUUGCCUGUGCCAAGACGAGUACAUGGAGGUGAGCGGGAGAGCGCAUAGCGUGGUGGCCAGGAUAGUGCAGAGCCACCAGCAGAGCGCCCGCGGUGGCUCCCGGAGGGAGACAGUGAGAGAGCGCAGCCAUCCUAGACCGGGCACGGUGGCUAGUAACGCGUCUGCACACCCCAAGCCCCCGAGGCCCGAUGAGCUACCGCCCCCCGAGGUAGAUGGCCUAGCCCAGAGCACCCCGUUCUGGGGCCAGUCUCCAUCACCAGGAGGACUGCCCCCAGACUGCAGUAAGUGUUGCCAUGGAGAUUACAGCUUCCGAGGCUACCAAGGGCCGCCUGGACCUCCCGGCCCCCCUGGCAUUCCAGGAAACCAUGGAAACAAUGGCAAUAACGGAGCCACUGGCCACGAAGGGGCCAAAGGUGAGAAAGGAGACAAAGGAGACCUGGGGCCCCGAGGGGAGCGCGGGCAGCACGGCCCCAAAGGAGAAAAGGGCUACCCGGGGAUCCCACCGGAACUACAGAUCGCCUUCAUGGCUUCCCUGGCAACUCACUUCAGCAACCAGAACAGCGGCAUCAUCUUCAGCAGCGUUGAGACCAACAUUGGAAACUUCUUCGAUGUCAUGACUGGUAGAUUCGGGGCCCCAGUGUCAGGUGUGUAUUUCUUCACCUUCAGCAUGAUGAAGCAUGAAGAUGUUGAGGAAGUGUAUGUGUACCUCAUGCACAACGGCAACACGGUCUUCAGCAUGUACAGCUACGAGACCAAGGGGAAGUCAGACACGUCCAGCAACCACGCGGUGCUGAAGCUGGCCAAAGGCGACGAGGUGUGGCUGAGGAUGGGCAACGGCGCUCUUCAUGGGGACCACCAGCGCUUCUCCACCUUCGCGGGCUUCCUGCUCUUCGAAACUAAGUGA